AUGGAGAGUCUUCCACGUGAGAUCAUGCUCAACAUACUUUCUAGACUACCCACACCAUCUUUACUCAAUGCUAAGCUUGUAAACCGGUCAUGGCAGAACUUAGCUGAAGACCCAAUUCUUAUUGAUCUCCAUUUCACCCAUAUGGCUGCAAAUAAUACUAAUCCAUGUCUUAUCUUACAUGGUGACCAUCCUAUUCAAAACCAGCUCUAUGCUUUGUACUUUUAUCCUAACAACAGCAAUGUUGGGUUGGUGAAAAGAAUUUCUCUACCUCAAUACCUGAUUUUGACAUCGCAGCCUCUUGCAAUGGCAGAGACAAAGGAGUAUAAAUAUCUGAAGAUCUCCCAUGGCACAAAGAAUGUUAGAGGCUGCCGUAGGAUUUGUGCAUAUCCUCAAUCAAAAGCUGAAAUUUUGACUGUGGGCAGCCCAAUUUGGAGGAGCUUAGGACAGAUAUCUUAUAAUCUCGUUCAGUCUCCAUCACAGAUUAUGGUUAAUGGGAAACUUCAUUGGGUUAAUUCGCCAUUCAUCCAUCCCCGACGUAAUAACAGACUCAUCUCUUUUGACUUGGCAGAUGAGAAAUUUCAGAUGGUUCCAAAUCCAGAUUCUGCUGGCUUUGAAAGGCAUGGUUCCCACAGACUCAAGUUGGUAACUAUAGGAGGAUGCCUUUCUGUAGUUCUGAAUAUCAAUUAUGGGUCAUUUGAGAUUUGGGUAAUGAAGGAAUAUGGAGUGAGGCAAUCUUGGACCAAAGAAUUCAAUAUUAGUAGUGACUUGCCUAGAGAAUUGGAAGAAGAAGUAGUUGAUCCUGCCUUUAAAAUUUCAAGAAUGUAUAGAAGGUCAUUUACUAGAGUUAUAUGUAGUGUGAAAAAUGGUGAAAUAUUGCUGCAAUACAAAUGUAGAGCUUUGCUUUCUUAUGAUCCAAGGCAGGGGACAUUUAAGGAUAUUAAAAUUCCAGGAAUGCCAAAUAUGUUUGAAGCAGUUGCUCAUGAUGGUAAUCUCAAUGGGAUUGACAGCCUGCUUAUUGGUAUGUAA